GAUUAAUUAGUACUACUAACUACGUAUUAGUGUGCUCCAUAAUAUUUAUUUUAUAAUUCAAGAUCCCCGCAUGCGCCAACCGUCUCACCAACUGUUUUCAUCACGUCAUGCCGGGUCAAGAUGCAGGCAAUUGCCUGCCAAGAUUCGUCUCUCCCACCAUCUGAAAAAGAAGGAAUCAAGUUUGAUCUGGAACACUCCUGAACUGGCUCGCUUUCUUCUUCCAGAUCUUCACCCAGAUCCUCAAGUUGGUGGGUCACCAUCCACUUCUGUCCUUGUCGUCAUCAUCAUCUUUUUUAGCGCGCUCGCUUUCUUCUUCCAAAUCUUCACCCAGAUCCUCAGGUCAGUGGGUCACCAUCCGCUUCUAUCCUCGUCGUCUUCUUCAACGCACCGUUUUAAGCCCUUUCCCGUCGUUGACUUGCCGGAGACUAAGUCUCCUUUGGUGGUUGAGAUCGUCGUCGUUUUCGACUUCGCCACCACCGUUACCGAGGAGAAAAUCGAGAAACUCAUGGUAGUUCUUGACUUGGAUGAAACUCUAGUAUGUGCAUAUGAGACCUCUACUCUGCCUCUUGCUCUUCGUAAUCAAGCAACAGAAGCUGGAUUGAAGUGGUUUGAACUUGAAUACAUGUCUUCAAACAAGGAUUCCAUCCUUACCAUGAGUUUCUCAAUUUUCUCCUCGGUAACGGUGGUGAUGGAGUCGAAAAUGGCGACGAUCUCAACCACCGAAGGAGACCUGAUCUUCGGUGAGUCAACGACAGGCAAGGGCUUGAAACGGUGGUUGAAGAUGACGACGAGGAUAGAAGCUGAUGGUGACCCACCGACCUGAGGAUUUGGGUGAAGAUCUGGAAGAAGAAAGCGACCCAGUUCAGGAGUGUUCUAGAUCAAACUUGAUUCCUUCUUUUCCAUAAGGUGAGAGAGACAGAAAUGUGACGUGGAAUGAAAUUGGUGCCAUGUG